AUGGACGUCGACGGCCUUUUGAAUCAUCUUAUGUGUACACGUGACAUUGUCGGGGUGAAUCCUGCCGUUAUCAAUAAAAUAAUCAAUCAAGCCUUGAAGGUAUUUGCAUCGCAGCCUGUAAUGUUGGAGUUAAACCCCCCUAUAACGAUAUGUGGAGAUAUUCAUGGUCAAUACAAUGACUUAAUCGAAAUGUUCAAUAAGAUUGGACAACCCGGAAAGCAGCUGCCCUCCACAAAAUAUCUGUUUCUUGGAGACUACGUUGAUCGUGGAAGCAAAAGUAUUGAAACCAUUAUCCUCUUAUUUUGCUACAAAAUCAAAUUUCCAAAGAAUUUCUAUUUACUACGAGGAAACCACGAAACUUCCUCUAUAAACGCCGUUUAUGGAUUCAAAAAAGAGAUAUCUAAAAAGUUUGGGAAUAGUUAUGAAAAAUUAUGGGACACCUUUAAUAACGCCUUUGCGCAAAUGCCUAUUACUGCACUAGUUGGAGGCCGUAUUUUAUGCAUGCACGGAGGGAUUUCACAACAUUUGGGAUUGCUAAGAGAUUUGAAGAAGUUAAAACGAGGGUGGAAGGAUCCCAAAGAUAGCGGUCCGCUUGCUACAGAUCUGCUUUGGGCUGAUCCAGACCCAAAGACAAAAGGUUGGCGGCCUAGUCCGCGUGGAAUCAGUUUUACUUUUGGUAACGAUGUUUUGAUAGAUUUUUGUCGACGUGUUGAUAUAGACUUGGUUGUAAGAGGACAUGAAGUUACUAUGGAUGGUUAUGCUUUACACCCAACUGAACGUCUUAUCACUAUAUUUUCCGCGCCCAACUAUUGCGGAGAGUUCGAUAAUGCAGGUGCCGUAAUGCAAGUUAAUUUAGAGCUUGGAUGCUCUUUCACUCAAUUUCGAUCGUCUAAAAAAAUAACUCCAACAACAGUGAUAAAUCGUAAUACUUUUGAUGAAAGGACAAUUCAAAUGGUUGACAACCCACCAGCUGGAAUGACUCCACUAAUCAUUGCUCCAACAAAAAUCGGUGAAAGGCCUACAGUUAUUUUUUUGCCAAUUCAAGGAGCUUCAUCAUCAACCUCUCAAGGACUUCAAAAAUCUAAUGUAAAAACGGAUUCUUCUAAUAAUUUGAAAAAACAUUAUUUUUUAGUCAUCACCGCAACUCUUCUCUUCUGCUGCUUCUAG